AUGGUGGCUCUGAGCUUACAAGCAGCAGCUGGAGGACUCCUCCAGAACCAGGUAAGCCUGAACAAGAGAAGCAGUAAUGGUAAUUGCAUAGAAAAACCACAGGCAAUAAGCAUCAUGAAAAACAACAACAGUGGUUUGAUGAGGAUAAGGUGUGGGAUAGCAGAGCCAUCAGGAGAGCCAGCGCCGUUUGGACAGAAGACAAAGUACAAGGAUGGUUUCUUUGAGAGGGCAUUCAUGACCUUGUUUGCUAGGAAGAUGGAGAAAUUUGCUUCAUCUUCUUAUUCUGGUCCUAACAAUGAUGGAACAAAACCCAAGAAGAAGGGUUGGUUGGAUUAUGACUAUGAUAGCUUUGUGGAGGUCUCCAAGAGUGUGAUUCGAGGUCGAAAUCGGAUGCAGCAACAAGAAGUCGUUCGUGAGGUUCUCCUCUCUAUGUUGCCUCCUGGUGCUCCUGCCCAGUUUAGAAAAUUGUUUCCGCCAACGAAAUGGGCCGCUGAAUUUAAUGCUGCUUUGACAGUCCCCUUCUUCCAUUGGUUGGUUGGGCCUUCGGAGGUUGUGGAAGUAGAGGUAAAUGGAGUGAAACAAAGAAGUGGAGUUCAUAUAAAGAAAUGCAGGUACUUGGAGAACAGCGGGUGUGUAGGGAUGUGUGUGAACAUGUGUAAAAUUCCUACGCAGGACUUCUUCACCAAUGAAUUUGGACUUCCGUUGACCAUGAAUCCAAAUUUUGAAGACAUGAGCUGUGAAAUGGUGUAUGGCCAAGUUCCACCAUCAUUUGAAGAUGAUCCAGUAUCCAAGCAGCCUUGUUUUGCCAAUAUUUCAGCAUUUACUUCCCAACACUAUUCAGAAGCACUUCAAAAAUCCAUUCUAUUCUUUGAAGGCCAAAGGUCAGGGAAACUACCUUCUAACCAGGCCAUUUCAUGGAGGGCUGACUCUGGAUUGUCUGAUGGCUCUGCUUACCAUGUUGAUCUUGUGGGAGGAUACUAUGAUGCCGGAGACAAUAUGAAAUUCGGGCUGCCAAUGGCAUUCACAACCACCAUGUUAGCCUGGAGUAUGAUUGAGUUCGGAAGCUACAUGGAUAACCAGCUUCAAAAUGACGCGAAAUCCGCCAUCCGUUGGGGAACAGAUUAUCUUCUCAAAGCAGCCACUGCCACCCCGAAUACUCUCUACGUCCAAGUAGGAGAUCCAAACAUGGAUCAUCGAUGCUGGGAAAGACCAGAGGACAUGGACACACCUCGCAAUGUGUACAAAGUGACUCCCCAAAAUCCAGGCUCAGAUGUAGCAGCCGAGACAGCGGCUGCAUUGGCGGCUGGUUCUAUCGUGUUCAGAGACUCCGAUCCUUCUUAUUCCACCAAAUUACUACAUACUGCAAAGCAAGUGUUCAACUUUGCAGACAGGCACAGAGGUUCUUACAGUGAUUCUCUCAACUCUGUUGUCUGCCCAUUCUACUGCUCUUAUUCAGGAUAUCAGGAUGAGUUGUUGUGGGGAGCAUCUUGGCUUCACGCAGCUUCGGAAAAUGCAUCCUAUUUGGCUUACAUUACAUCCAAUGGCGACGCAAUGGGCGCAGAAAGCGAUGACUAUUCCUUCAGUUGGGAUGAUAAACGUCCUGGAACUAAAGUCCUGCUCGCAAAGGUAUUCCUGGAGAAGAAUAGCCCUGGAUUUCAAUUAUACAAAGAACAUUCUGACAAUUACAUAUGCUCCCUCAUUCCUGGAAUGCCGAAUUUCCAAUCCCAAUACACCCCUGCUGGACUUUUGUACAGGCAGAGUGAAAGCAAUCUUCAAUACGUCACAACUUCAUCUUUCCUCCUCUUAGCAUACGCCAAGUAUCUAACUUCAAGAGGAGGAAUUGCGGCUUCUUGUGGAUCAUCAAGCCUCACCGCCAACGAAAUGAUUAAGCUAGCUAAGAGACAGGUUGACUACAUACUAGGCGAAAAUCCUGCGAAAAUGUCGUAUAUGGUCGGAUUUGGGGAGAGAUAUCCACAGCAUGUUCAUCACAGGGGUUCUUCAUUACCAUCCAUCCAGGCACAACCUCAACAAAUCAGCUGCAAUGAUGGGUUCAGGUAUCUGGAUUCGGGUUCGCCGAACCCGAAUGUUCUGGUUGGUGCCGUCUUAGGAGGGCCUGAUAGGCAGGAUAAUUAUGCAGAUGAUAGGAGGAAUUAUCAGCAAUCUGAACCAGCUACCUAUAUCAACGCUCCUUUUGUUGGAGUCCUGGCUUUCUUCGCCUCCCAAACUUAA